AUGGCAAGUAAGUAACAAAUUAAAAUAUAUUUAUUAUUAGAAACAAAAUGACAAAGUUUAAAAUUUUGAUUGGUACAUGUUUUUACUAGUUUGUAAAAAACAAUGUGGACCUGGAUACAAAAGUCCAUUAGAUGCAUAUUAUAAUGGUAAACAAGAAACAAUUUUAUACACAAUUUGCAUUCAACCAAAUCCACAAAUGAAAAAUAAGUCGGAUUAUUUGGCCAUAAUUGAUGUUGAUCCAACUAGUGCUACUUAUUCUCAAGUGACUAUUAAGUUUUAUAUUGCUUAUAAAUUGAUGUGACUUUACACCACUAAGAUAAUUUUAUCUUAAUUUAUUUUGUAAAGCAAUAAUUUUAGAAGCCUUAAAAUAUGUAAUAAUAUUUAUUUUGGGUAAAGUUUUAAAUUUUAUUUCUUUAGAUCAACUAAAUAUUUGUACAACCUAUAAAGUAGGUAAGUAAACUAGGUAACUACUAAAGCCACACCUAAGUUUUAGUUAUAGUCUAGAAAUUGUAGUACUAACCUAUUUUGUUACUCUGGGUUCUCCUUAAGAUUUAUAAAAUCCAGAGUGAAAUUUUAAAUAUUUUCAUUUUUUAUUAUAUUAUAAUUCAUAAUCUUUUUUGAAUAGGAGGUUUCUAAUCUAAGUAAAAAAUAUGAGGUUCUAUCCUCCCUUCUGAAGGACAGCCCCGUAAUUCAUAUUUAUUCCUUAUUUAAUCUUAAAUAUUUUUUACUUACAUUUUUUUUUUUUUGGUAAAUAUAAUUUCUUUUUUUAAAAACACUCUUGAACAGUAAAGAUUAAUUACUUGAAUUUUCCUUUCCACUGUUUUGUAUUAUAAAAAUAUCCUUUGUAAAACAAUGAAUCACCAAAUAGUAUAAUAAUGCAAUAAUUAAUUACUUAUUACAAAAUGUUAAACCUCCAAAAGACUUUCUUGACAUCCUUGGUACUAACGUCAUGCAUGCAUACAAUUUCAUUCCAUUGCCUUUGUUUGGGAUGUAGGUGAGUUGUGCUGUAGGGAUAUUCAAAAUUAAAGAAAAAAUACUCCUUUUUAAAAAUAAAAUUAACUCAACUUUUGUUACUUCAAUCCGUUUAUAAAACCACACUGAUUCCUGAGUUUGAGCUGAGAGAGAGCCACUUAUAGUUAAAGAAAAUAUAUAUAUAUAUAUUAUUUUGUAUGCUAUGGGUUAUAUUGUGCACAAUGCCCAAUGGCAAAAUUAGAAUAAGUUUAUAUUUUUGGACAUUGUAUACAUUGCCUAAUUAGUUUUGGGCAUUGUAGAUUAAAUAAAACAUCUUAUUAGAUAUUUUAAUAAACACAAACAAAUACUUGCAAUAAACACCUUAAAUGUUAGUUUCCUAUUAAAAGUUUUUUUAAAAUUUAUUAUCCUGUGAACCAUUGUUACGUAUCUACUAUUAAAGAAUUAAUAUUAUUACCUUAAGGUAGUUAGAUAUGAAUACAAUUAAUUUUAUUUACUAUCAAAUUGUAGUUAUUUUAAUUAAUUAUUAAUAAAAUGUAAUAUUAGGUAAGUACAUAGUAUUAUAUAUUAUUUUUUAUUUACAUUGUCGUAUAUAAUGUAUUGUAAAUACACUUAAGGUACCCUUGACCAUCCAAACUAGAACAUUUAUUUGCUGUUUCUUUUAGUACUGGUGGUACCUCAUUAGCCUGUAUAAACACCUUUAUGCAUAUCAUGAAUCAUUUGAAAAUAUUGAAUAAAAUUAAAGUGUAUUAUCUAUGUAUGGAAUAUACACUGGUGUAUUUAUCAGUACCCAAUGCAUGUAUAUUUGUUUCAAAAUUAAAUAAGUGUUUAUUAAGUCAUGAAGAAGAUUGAAUAAAAUAUGAAGGUAUAGGUAAUAAAUGUAACCACUUGAUUCCAGGUGGGUUACACUUUGUCUGGCUACUCUCGUACAAUAUUUGGUCACUAUUAGAAAAAUUGUUCUUAUACUGCCUAAAAUGUUCAGACAUUGUUAUAAAAUGCCUGGAUUUCCUACAUUGCUUGUAACAUAUAUAUAUAUAACAGAUAUAAUACAAUGUAAUAGUUCUAUUAAAUUCAACAGAAUACUAGUUAUAAAUGGGGCUCAGAAAUUAUAGGAGCUAAAAUAUGCAUGAAAAAAUGUUAAAUAUGCAAAAAAUGAUGAGUUAUUAUUUAAAAGCAUAUGAUUUCAUUAUUAAUAUGCAUAAUUAAGAUAAAGAUUAAAUAUGAAUCACACCAUUGUCGUUACAUUAAUAAUAAACUGAGAUGGUAAGAAAUAAUAAUAAAUAACUACAUUACAUUAUAUUGUAUUUUAAAUUUAAUAUUAUGUAAAAUACAUUGGUUAGGAAAGAAAAGAAUCAAUUUUUUUAGAAAAUAUUAAAUAAUAAUAUGUGAAAAUCAUCGAAAAUCAACAAAAUAUGUAUUUUUUUUCUAAAAUUAACAAAAUAUAAACUUUAAAUGUUCAAUUUUUAAACUCUUCAUCGUAUAAAAAGUAUUUCUAGCUUGGUCUGCUAUAAAUUCAGUGCAUCCAGAAAAAUAUGCAACUCCUAUAACUUCUGAGCCCUAGUUAUAACUAAUGUGUUUUUAUGAAUUUUUGAUAAAUCAUUGAUUUCUGUUUUUAAAUGAAAGUACCUAAUAAUAAAAUAAAACUUGAUGUGAUAAGUUUUGUAUAGUGAAAUAAGUGCUCAACAGUAUAUUUUUUCCUAACCAGGAUUUUAAUAUAAAUAUUAUAGAGAAAAAAAAUUUGUUAUAACAGGUAAUUUUUAGAACUAGUGUAGAAAAAGUAGGCGAUGAGCUUCAUCACUUUGGAUGGAAUACUUGUAGCAGUUGCUAUGAAGAUUCUACAAAAAGCCGAAACAAAAUAAUUUUACCUUCUUUAGGAUCAGAUCGUAUUUAUGUUUUAGAUGUAACCAAUGAAAAAGCUCCUAUACUACAUAAAGUAAUGUUGAAAGUAUAAAAAUAAAUAAUAAAUAAUUAGUUUGUGUCAAUUUUACAGAUUAUUGAACCAAGGGAAGUGCAUGCUUUAAAUGUAUCAGCUUUACAUACAACACACUGUUUGCCAAAUGGUGAUGUAAUGAUUUCAACAAUGGGCGAUGCUGAAGGUAAUGGAAAGGGUGAUUUUUUGUUGAUAGAUGCUGAAGAAGGGAUAGUUAAAGGUAAAAUGGCUAAAAUGGUGAAAUUAAAUUUAGUAUACUUUUUAAAUUUAAAACAAUAUAUACUUAGUAUAACUAUUUAUGUAUUUAUUUUAAUUAAAGGUACAUGGACCAGAGGAAAGACUGCAAAAUUUGGAUAUGAUUUUUGGUAUCAGCCAUACUGGGAUGUUUUAGUAUCAUCUGAAUGGGGAACACCAAAAUACUUUAAAAGUGGUUUUCACGCAGAUCAUAUUCACGAUAAAGGUAUUUAUUUUACUAUAGUAUAUUUUAUUUUGUAUUUAGAUAUAUAAAUGCGCAAAUAAUCUAUUAUAACUUGAACUAUAUUUAUUUAAUAGAAAAAUAUGGAAGUUCCUUAAACUUUUAUUCAUGGUCCGAGCGGAAAUUAUUACAGACUAUUGAUUUAGGUACAGAUGGUAUAGCUCCUUUAGAAAUACGAUUCUUACAUAAUCCUAAAGCAUCGGAAGGAUUUGUUGGUUGUGCAGUAAAUAGUAACAUAUUCAGGUAUAGAUUAUUUAUUAAAACCUAUUGUCUAUGAAAGAUGAAAUAAUACAGGCACUGGUAACCCAGGGACCGCAUGCAAAUUUUUCAAUUUUAUUUACUAAUGUAUUUUAUUCAAAAUUAGUUAAUAAGGAAAACCAAGCAAUACAACUCAUAUUAUGAUUAUUGAUAUCCAUAAAUAUAUUAGUAUUUUAUGUUAAAAUUGUGAUUUUAAUAACGUUUAUUAUAAUUUUGUAUGCGGCCUCAAUAAAUAAAAGUAAUACACAUUUAAUAUUCAUACUUAAUAGUAUAAUUAGAGCUAUUAAAUAAACAUGUUUUUAAAGAUUUUUUCGUACUGAUGAUGGUACAUGGGAUUCUGAAAAAGUGAUUGAUGUACCAGAGAAAAUUGUAAAGGAUUCUUCUGAUGAUAUUAAAGAAGUGUCAGGUAUAAUCUAUUUUCAGUUAAAUUAUUUAAAGUUGAAAGUUAAAAUUGUAGUUAAAUAGUUUUAUUCAAUAUUUUAGGUACCAUCACUGAUAUUUUGAUAUCAUUGGAUGAUAAGUACCUAUACUUUUCCAAUUGGUUACAUGGAGAUGUUAGGCAAUAUGAUAUAACAAACACAAGUAAACCACAACUUGUUGGUCAAAUAUAUUUAGGUGGAUUGUUAUUGAAAGAUGGACCGUUAACUGUUGUUAAAGAUUCUGAACUCGAAGUAUUUAUGUUUAAAUUAUACAUAAAAAUUAGAAUAACAAAUUAAUAAAAAUUUUCAUUUUCUUUAAAGCAACAACCAGAACCAGUAUAUGUUAAAGAAAGACGUUUAUAUGGUUCACCACAAAUGCUCCAGUUAAGUUUAGAUGGAAAGAGAAUUUAUGUGACUACUGCUUUAUUUACACCAUGGGAUAAACAGUUUUACCCAGAAUCUGUAAAGUAAUUGAAUAAUUAAUAAUUAAUUAAAUUGUAUUUUUAAUAAUAAGUAAAUUAAAACCAUUCAAAUUAUAUGAUUACAGAAAUGGAUCUACAUUAGUCAAACUUAAUGUUGAUACUAUCAAUGGUGGAUUAUCGCUUGAUCCUAAUUUUUUGGUGGAUUUUGGGAAAGAACCUGAUGGCCCUAUAAUGGCACAUGAAACACGGUAAAUCAGCAAAUUAGUAAUUUAGUGUAUCUUAAAUAAGAUGGUUAAUAUAAUAACUUAAUUGAAUUCUGGUUUGAAAUAAUACCAGGGACCAAAUGGACAAUCCUAGAGUUAAUAUUUUGGGGAAGAAACAUUUGUUUACUGUACUUAUAUUUUUAAAUAAAUAUUUUAAAAUAUAUGUAGAUAAUAUAAUCAGUGUUUAUUUCUGGCAGAAAAAUGUAUGACAUUACUAUGUAAACUACAUGUGAAAUGACUUAUGGACUGAUAAAAAAUCAUUUUAUUGACAAUAAUAAAACAAAAAAAAAUUAUUAUUGAGCGUAUUUUCUAAUUUUUUUCCCCAGGUAAAAAAAUUUCUAGAUCUGGCUUUGUCUUUGGCAUACUCUUCUUAGAAAUUUACGAUUGUCUCCCUCUCCCCCCGGGAAUGAACGUUUAAAAUAAACACUGAAUAUAAUUUCAUUUAUAGUAUUUGAUGUUUUUAUUAAUCUAGCUUUCUUUUGAUCUCAAAUUAACUUUAACAGGGACAUGUUAAUAUAUUUUAAAAUAUGCUACAAUGUAUUGGCUGUUUUUAGGGGGUCAUAGUUUUAUAGAUAUAAAUAAAUCACAGUAAUGAAUAUUUUGGGCUACUGCUAGUAAUAAUAAGUAUAAUUUUCUAAAUAAAUGACUAAUCCUUAAAAUUAUUUUUACAUUUUUUAGCUAUCCAGGAGGUGAUUGUACUUCAGACAUUUGGUUAGCUGACAAUUAG